CUUUCUCUUUCUCUUCGACCCUGAAGCGGAAUAGGAAGGACGGAUACCGUGAGCGUGGCUUCUGAUUGGCUGCUCGUCUGGCCGGGGCACUUGGGUCUCUUUUCUCGCGCCACUUUCAGGCGCUUUGGCGCGGGAGCGUGAAGUUGUGGGUCGGGCUUGCAGGCGCGACAGGGAGCAGCAAUCCGCUCUUUUCCCCACCCGCUGUUCCACAAUGGAUUUGAGCGAGGGCCCGGGCGACGGGGCUGGUGAUGGUUGCCAUGGAGAAAGUGAUUCUGCAAAUUUUGCAGCUUCACGUUCACGCCGCGAGAAGAAAUCUAAAAAAGGGAGACAAGAAGCAUUAGAACGUUUGAAAAAGGCAAAGGCUGGUGAGAAAAUAAAAUAUGAGGUUGAGGAGUUUACAAGUGUUUAUGAUGAAAUUGAUGAAGAACAAUACUCUAAGAUUGUCAGAGAACGCCAGGAAGAUGACUGGAUUGUGGAUGAUGAUGGAGUCGGCUAUGUAGAAGACGGCAGGGAGAUUUUUGAUGAAGACUUGGAAAAUGAUGCUCUUGAUUCCAGCAAGAAAAGAAGAAGAGACACGACUUCUACAAAUGACAACAAAAAUGUGAAGAAGGCUCUGGUGUCAAAACCAAACACUAUUAAAUCUAUGUUUAUGGCCAGUACUGGGAAGAAAAGUGCUGAUAAACCUGUUGACCUAUCUAAGGAUGAUUUGCUAGGAGACAUUUUGCAAGAUCUAAAUGCUGAGUCAGUUCAUUUAGCACCGCCACCAGUUGCAGUACUAAAAAAAAAGCGGCUUUUUGGAAUGCCCUUGAAUCCUUUUUCUGUGCAAUCUCAAGUCUCCAAGAAAGCUUCUGAAGUGAGAAAAACUGUUGCUCCUUUCAAAAAAGAAAUUUCUUCACCAAAUUCAUCUCAUUGUAAGCAUUCAGUCUACAUAGCUAGAUCGGAGCUAGGCAAAGAAGAGAGAAGUGAACCUGAAAAUGGAAUACAAAUGGUAGAAAAUGGAGACUUGAUCGAAACUAAACGAGAGGAAGUUACUAAAGUCACUACGAUAAUUACAGAAGAUGAACAGGCUGUAAUGGAUUUUGAUGAUGGGGACUUUGAUGAAUCUAUGGAGGAAGGUGGAAUAGUAGAAGAAAGAGCCACAAUCCUGAAGGAAGAGAUGAAAACAGAAGAGAGACAAACACAGCAAGCAGACUGUGUGAAAACAGAAUCAUAUUUCUUAAGUUCUUCCCUCCAUGAUGUAUCCUGCUGGGACACAAUAGAUGAAGAUGAACAUCAGCAUCUAGCUUCAGAAAUUCAAGUGGAUUCCAGUCAACUUCCACUAAUAAAUGGGGAAGAUGGGCAGCAGAUCUUCAAGUUCUAUUGGCUGGAUGCUUAUGAAGAUCAGUAUAAUCAACCAGGAGUAGUAUUUCUCUUUGGUAAAGUGAGGAUUGAAUCAGCACAGUCCUAUGUGAGCUGUUGUGUGACAGUAAAAAAUAUUGAGAGAACUGUUUACCUACUGCCACGUGAAUCGCGAAUUGAUAUAUCUUCUGGUAAAGAGACAGAGAAUCCUGUAAAUAUGAUGGACAUUUAUCAAGAAUUUAAUGACAGGAUUGCAGAAAAAUACAAGAUCAUGAAGUUCAAGUCCAAGAAAGUAGAAAAGAAUUAUGCUUUUGAGAUACCAGAUGUUCCUGCAAAAUCCGACUACUUAGAAGUUAGAUACCCGGCUGAAUUCGGUCGCCUUCCUCAAGACCUGAAAGGAGAGACAUUUUCUCAUGUGUUUGGAACUAACACAUCUAGUCUAGAACUCUUCUUGAUGAACAGGAAGAUUAAAGGACCAAGUUGGCUGGAAAUAAAAAAUCCACAGCUCUCCAACCAGACUGUCAGUUGGUGUAAGGUGGAAUUGGUGGCACUGAAGCCUAACUUGGUGACUGUGGUGAAAGAUCUUCCUCCACCACCUCUUGUGAUCAUGUCUCUUAGUAUGAAGACAGUUCAGAACACAAAGACUCAUCGGAAUGAGGUUAUGGCUAUUACAUCUUUAGUACAUCACAAAUUUUGUCUCGACAAAGCACCACCCAUGCCUCCAUUUCAGACCCACUUCAGCGUUAUUUCCAAACCAAAUGAUUGCAUUUUUCCAUAUGACGUCAAAGAAAUAGUCAAGAAUAAGAAUUUAAAAAUAGAGAUUGCCAUGACAGAGAGGACGCUGCUGGGUUUUUUUCUGGCAAAAGUUCAUAAAAUUGAUCCAGAUGUUAUUGUGGGACACAAUAUUUAUGGGUUUGAUCUGGAACUACUUCUUCAAAGAAUUAAUGUAUGCAAAGUUCCACACUGGUCCAAGAUAGGUCGACUGAGGAGAUCAAAUAUGCCAAAGCUUGGGGGCCGUAGUGGAUUUGCUGAAAAGAAUGCAACUUGUGGUCGAAUGAUUUGUGAUGUCAAAAUUUCAGCAAAGGAGCUGAUUCGUUGCAAAAGUUACCAUUUGUCUGAACUUGUCAGUCAAAUUCUGAAAAUGGAAAGAGUGAUAAUUCCAUCUGAAGAGAUACGAAAUAUGUACAGUGAUUCCCGUCACUUACUUUACAUGCUGGAGAAUACCUGGACUGAUGCCAAAUACAUUUUACAAAUAAUGUGUGAGCUCAAUGUUCUUCCGCUAGCCCUACAGAUUACCAAUAUUGCUGGCAAUGUUAUGUCAAGGACUCUGAUGGGUGGGCGAGCUGAGCGUAAUGAAUACUUGCUCCUUCAUGCAUUUUAUGAAAAAGAUUUUAUUGUGCCUGAUAAGCAGCUAUUUAAAAAGUCUCAGCAGAAGCAGCUGGAAGAUGAUGAAGAUUUUGAAGGGGAUCAGAACAAAUCAAAAACAGGGCGAAAAAAGGCAGCAUAUUCUGGAGGUUUAGUUUUGGAUCCAAAAGUUGGUUUUUAUGACAAGUUCAUCUUACUCCUAGACUUCAAUAGCUUGUACCCUUCAAUUAUCCAAGAGUUUAACAUCUGUUUUACAACAGUUCCCAGGAUGUCUUCUAGUGUGCAAAAAAAGACAGAGGAUGGAGAAGAAGAAAUUCCAGAAUUACCAGAUUCAUCUUUAGAAAUGGGAAUUUUGCCUAAAGAGAUCAGGAAGCUAGUUGAGCGAAGGCGUCAAGUGAAGCAGUUGAUGAAACAGCCAGACUUAAAUUCCGACAUCUACUUGCAGUAUGAUAUAAGGCAGAAGGCUUUGAAGCUUACAGCUAAUAGCAUGUAUGGAUGCCUGGGGUUUUCCUACAGCAGAUUCUAUGCAAAGCCUCUUGCUGCUCUGGUGACUUUCAAAGGCAGAGAGAUUUUGAUGCAUACUAAGGAGAUGGUACAGAAGAUGAAUCUGGAAGUGAUUUAUGGUGAUACAGACUCCAUUAUGAUAAACACAAACAUUACCAACCUGGAAGAGGUCUUUAAGCUAGGAAACAAGAUUAAGAGUGAAGUGAACAAGCUCUACAAGUUGUUGGAGAUUGAUAUUGAUGGGGUCUUUAAGUCCCUUUUGUUGUUAAAAAAGAAGAAAUAUGCUGCUUUGGUUGUAGAGCCCUCAGGAGAUGGAAAAUACAUUACCAAACAAGAACUUAAAGGACUGGACAUAGUGCGAAGAGAUUGGUGUGAUCUUGCAAAAGAGACUGGAAACUAUAUAGUUGGUAAGAUUCUCUCUGACCAGUCCCGAGAUGCGAUUGUAGAAGACAUCCAGAGGAGGUUAAUCCAAAUUGGAGAAAAUGUGGUAAAUGGCAGUGUUCCAGUAAAGCAAUUUGAAAUCAACAAGGCAUUGACAAAAGAUCCCCAAGAUUAUCCGGACAAAAAAAGUCUGCCUCAUGUCCAUGUUGCGCUGUGGAUAAAUUCUCAAGAGGGUAGAACGCUGAAAGCUGGAGAUACUGUAUCGUAUAUUAUAUGUCAGGAUGGAUCAAAUCUGAGUCCCAGCCAGAGAGCAUAUGCCCCAGAACAAUUGAAAAAACAACAAAAUCUUGCUAUUGACACUCAGUACUAUCUUUCACAACAGAUUCAUCCAGUAGUGGCUCGUAUUUGUGAACCCAUAGAUGGAAUUGAUUCUGUCCUUAUCGCAGCAUGGCUAGGACUGGAUCCCUCACAGUUCAAAAUCUUUCACCAUUAUCAUAAAGAUGAGGAGAAUGAUGUUUUGCUUGGUGGGCCAGUUCAGCUCACUGACGAAGAGAAAUAUAAGGACUGUGAAAGAUUCAAGUUUGCUUGCCCGAAAUGUGGGACAGAGAACAUUUAUGACAAUGUCUUUGAUGGUUCGGGUCUGAUGAUUGAAGCCAGUUUGCUACAGUGUAGCAAAAAAGAAUGUUAUGAAUUUCCUUUAACGUACCUAAUGCAAAUGAACAACAAGCUAAUCUUGGAUGUAAGAAGUUAUAUUAAAAAGUACUACAAUGGUUGGCUGAGGUGUGAGGAGCCAACAUGUCAAUAUCGUACCCAUCGACUUCCCCUUCGCUUUUCUCGGAAUGGUCCUCUGUGUCCAGUCUGUAGGAAGGCUGUUGUUAAACGAGAGUACUCUGACAAGGCCUUAUACACCCAGCUGUGCUUUUACCGGUACAUUUUUGAUAUGGACUAUGCAAUGGAAAAACUUACUGAUCAAGAGAAAGUUUGUGUGAAGAACAACAAGCUGGAAGAAAUCAAGGAAGGUUGCAAAAAACUGAAGACCACAGUAGACAAAUGGUUGUCCAUGAGCAGCUACUCUGAAGUGAACCUCAGCAAACUCUUUCAGACAUUCAGUAUAGUAAAAUCUGUGGGAGAUCCCUGUACUUAAACACUGUGUUUGGGUAGAAUGGAACAAAAGGCUUUUGUGGAUUCCUUUGUAGGCAAAAACUUUCAUCUUUUUCAUUUCCAGUUUUGCAUCCAUAGUUACACACUAGUGUUGUAUCUUGUUUUAAAACAAACAAGUGAACUUUAAAUGUUGACAUUAUUUAAUGGUAAAAAAUAUUUAAAAGCCACAUUAAAAGCCUGUAGAUAUACAGAGCACCUUUUCAAUAAGUAUCUAUUUGUUGUAUAUCUAGACCCAGAAGGGAAGAAAGGGGUGGAGAAAUAGCUUCUUUAAUUGAAUAAUUCCCAGUGAGAGUUGCUGGAAUGUAAGUGAUCCUAGACUUUGCUCCAGGGUAGUUAGUAGAGGUGCUUUCAGGAAAAGAGGUUAGUAGAGGUCUCGGUAGGAGCACUAAUGUUUUCUCUUUUCACAAUUUAUCUUCUUCACAAUCGUCUACACAGCAGUUAAAAACAAUAUGAAACCUAAAUGCUUCCUAUCAAUACUUGAUUCUCAUGUGAUCUUUAGUUUUAAAACUGUUUUUGAGCAGAUUAGCUGCUGAACAGUAUUUAUUCACACAAUCAAUAUUGUGCUUUAAAAAUAGAGUAGCCACAUGGAAAUCUAAAGCACCAACUGAUUUUUGUACAGGGCAAGGAGACAGUGUAUAUGCAGUAUAUUCUCCAAACCAUGUGCUCAUAUCUAAAUGUUACACUUUGGUUCCUUUGGACGCAACAAAAAUAAGCGAUGAAGCCUACUGUGAUGAGAAAAAGGAAAUGAGACCCCAAAAUCGAACAUAUUUCAGCCUACAAAUAAAAGUAAUUGCUAUAUUGUAGUAAGCACAAAGCCAAGGAAAAGUUUUAAGAGAGUUAUGAAAGCUAUCUGAUCUGUUUAUUGCCAGUAAAAUAAUGAACAGAAACAACAAAAGGCAAACUAUGGCAUGGUCAACGCUUUUUAUGGGGGGGAUAAAGAAUGUUGCUUUUUAUUUAGCUAUUCUUAAAUGUCUAAAAGGUUAACAUUGUCAUUUAUUGCUAUAUAUGUUAAAGUGUUUUAAAUGUCCAUGUAAAGUUUCACACUGAAAGUAAAAUAAUAAAGUUUAAUAA